AUGAAGGUGGCGGUGCAGGGCUGCGCGCAUGGCGAGCUGGACGACAUCUAUGCGACGAUCGACCACAUGCGACGGCAGCGAGGCAUUCCCAUCGACCUGCUGCUCUGCUGCGGUGACUUCCAGGCCAUUCGCAACACGGGCGACUUGGAGUCGCUGGCAUGUCCGCCCAAGUACCGCAGCAUGAACAGCUUCUGGAAGUACUAUGCCGGACGAGAGACGCCGCCCGUGCCGACCGUUUUCGUGGGCGGCAACCAUGAGGCGUCGAAUUACCUCUGGGAUCUCUACUUCGGUGGGUGGGCGGCUCCCAGCAUAUACUUCCUGGGCUUUGCAGGGGUGGUGCGGUUUGGAGGGUUGCGCAUAGGAGGGCUGUCGGGGAUCUACAAGAGCCACGACUACCGCCUUGGUCACUACGAGCGCGCCCCCUACGAUAACUCCCAAAUGCGCUCCAUCUACCACGUGCGAGAAUACGACGUGACCCGCCUCGCCGCGCUCGCAUCCCUCCCCUCCUCCCUCUCCUCCCUCCCCUCCACCACCAACGGGUCCCUCCCAUCCGCGCACAUGGACGCGUUUCUCUCACACGACUGGCCGCGCGGGGUGGAGCAGCACGGGGACACGGCCUCUCUGCUGCGCACCAAGCCAUUCUUCCGCGGGGAGGUCGAGCGGAAUGCGCUAGGCAGCCCUGCAGGCGAGACGCUGCUGCACACUCUGCGCCCCUCCUACUGGUUCUCUGCUCACCUGCACGUGAAGUUCUCCGCGCUGGUUAAGCAUUCUGCUGCUGCUGCUGCUUCUCCUGCUGCUGCCGGUGUAUCCCUAUCCUCCUCGUCAUCCUCGGGCGUGACUCGAUUCUUGGCCUUGGACAAGUGUCUGCCUGGACGGCAGUUCUUACAGGUGAUUGAUUUCCCCGAUGUUCCUUCCUCCCAAGCUGCUGACCAACACGGUUCUGCAGCAGCAGCAGCAGCAGCAGCACCACCGGUGUUGGAGUAUGACCCACAGUGGCUGGCUGUCACGCGUGCCUAUGCACCCUACCUGCCGCUCUCCCGUGCGGGAGCCGUCUACCCUCCAGGGGGGGUGGCAGUGCAACCGCAUCUAGACUGGGUGGCACAGCGUCUCGCCCAGCAGCCUGGUGGUGCGGCCAUCCCCGCCAACUUCUCUCCCACUGCUCCGCCGCAUGACCCUGACCGGCCGCAUGCGCGCAUGCCCACCUUCUCAUCAACAACCCUCAACCCACAAACGGCAGCGUUUCUCGACCUAUUGGACCUCCCUCACUCCACCUUUCUCCGGGGGGGAGCCCCCUCGCCCUCCCCAGCACCUCCGCCAGCCGCUGCUGCCAGUCCCACGAUAUGGAACAGUGACUCUUGCCCUCCAGACACGUUUGAGGACCCUGACAGCAUACCUGCUUAUGGAGAUGCAGAUGAUGGUGCGCUGGAAAGGGAACCGGGAGGAAGCAGUUGGCAAAAUGGACAUGAGGGUGAGAUUGGUGGCGAGCAGGGGGAGCAAGAAAAUAGAGAUAAAGAUGCAAGUGCGUAUAAAGCCCUUGAUCCAAAUGAGAUUGACUUGGAGGACGAUGCUGAUGAGGAGGAUGCUUCAUGA